CUCCUCUGUGCGCUCUACUGUUUGCAUUGUGUCUGAACUGCCGGCGAGCUUUAAAAAUAUUAUACCACCGCGGCAAUGUCGGGCAGGUCGGUCCGAGCUGAGACCCGGAGCAGGGCGAAAGAUGACAUCAAGAGGGUCAUGGCCGCUAUUGAGAAAGUACGAAAAUGGGAGAAGAAAUGGGUGACUGUUGGAGACACGUCCCUUCGCAUCUACAAGUGGGUGCCGGUGACAGAGCCCAAAUCAGAUGAUAAAAACAAGAAUAAGAAGAAAGGCAAAGAUGAGAAAUAUGGCUCAGAGGUGACGACUCCAGAGAACAGCUCCUCUCCAGGGAUGAUGGACAUGCAUGAUGACAACAGCAACCAGAGUUCCAUUGCCGACUCAUCCCCGGUGAAACAGGAAAACAGUUGUAGCACCAGCCCCGCCCCGGAGUCCACCACCGCAUCGCACCGCGACAGCAGCGAGGCCAAGACUGACCAGAGCCCAGACAGCAAGAGGGGUAAGACCAUCCCUUCAUCAGAGACCUCAGAGAGAGCACAAAGUGCCAAGAGAGACAGUCUGUCCUCAGGGGAGAAGGACUCUUCAGACAGCAAAGCCACUCAGGACCUGGAGGAGGAGGCCCCGCCCAGCAAGAAAAGCAAACUGGAGUCCUCGUCUCAGGACUUUGAGGAGAGUUAAAUGUUUGGGGCUGAGUGAUUCUCUCCUUCCCCCACCUGUCCCCUCUCUGUACCUCCUCCAUUAACUCUAGGUGAUUUAGGGCUAAUGGACACACCGGCUCUCCUCUCACUCCUUUUUUUCCCUCCCCUCCUCUACCCAAACUCUUCAAUACCAAAGGGAGAACGGACAUCUCCCUGCUGCCCUCCCUCCCCCUCUAACACUCCCCCGCCACAGAGGGAGAAUGGAUAUUACCUCUGGUCCCCUCCGUGCUUCCUUCCAAUCCUCCACACUCUUCACUAAUGCCAAGAGAAGCGCCGACCCCCUGGCUGCAACCCCCUCUGCGACCAGGGGUGGCGCUGUCAGCCCAGCCACCGCCAGGCCAGACUACAAACCCUGACCUGCAUCUGUGACUAAAAGAGUAAACACUGGGGAUCUGAGAUGAGGACAAGGUCGGCCGCAGACGCUGCUCUGAGACCGCUUUCUAAUCACUGCUAACGGUUUAGCUCAGGAGGCUAACCCGGUCUCAGAUCAGCGGCCGCGAGGGGAAACCUCCACCCUGAGACCACGUCGCUUCAAUCCUCCCGAUUCGCCUCCUGUUAGACUAAUGUUCUAUAUUUGUUUAGGAAACGUUUAGGGUUUUUUUCUCAGGAGGGUCAAUGCACUGUUAUGGUAUGUCACAAUCGAUCACAGAUAGAUUUGCUGCUGUAGUGGAUGUCUUUUUUCUCCAUUCACGUGUUUUUUUAAAGUGAAUUAGUUUGUGGUUCGUAGAGGAAGAAGACGACGGUACUGAACGAGAUAAACUCUUGGAUAAGUAGUGAAGGCAGGUAGCGUAGGUCCUGGAGGUGUGCCUUGAGUUGCUACGAUUUUAAAUACACGUUUUAGGUCAAGCAGGUUUUGAAUUACAGUUUUGGUGCCAUGUUUUAUUUUAUUUUUUGCCUUAUAAUUGUCACUAAUUAGCUACAUCCUAUAUUUAUACUCAGCCACAACUGUAAUAGUUUAACAUUUUGGGAAGCAUUUGUUUUCUUGCAGAGAGUAGAUGAAGUUUGAAACAGCCAGGAGAUGCUUAGCUUAGCUUAGUUUAGUUUAGCUUAGCUUAGCUUAGCUUAGCAUUAAGGCUGCAAACAAAGGGAAAGAGUUAGGUCAUAAAACCCACCUUUUAGCUGGGGCAAAGGUGCAGUUGGAAACAAUGCAAUCAGCAAGUUACAAAGACUGCAAAUACGGAUAGAUGAAGUGUGGUUAUUAAAAAACAAAACUAAUGUUGUAGUUGAAUUUGAUCUAAUCUGGGUUGUUUAUGCUGCCCAUCAAUCAAUGCUCAAUACGUGGUUCACGCUGUGGUUUGACUUCCAUAAACCCAGGAGGGCUGCAACAGACUGCUAUUUGCACUGAUAUUCCAUUGAAUAUAUUCUUGAUUAUUCAAUUAUUCAAUUAGCUGUUUGGUCUCUAAAAUGAGUAGAACAAAAAAAUAUUCAAUAUCGGGAGCUGGAUUAGGAGAAUUUUGAUUUAACAAAAAAAAAAAAAAAAAGACUCCAUCUGAUGAAUCGAAUGUCAGAAUUAUUGGAGAUGACUUCAGUAGUUGAGAUUGUUGCAGCUCUAAAGCACAGCCUCAUUAUUUGACAGCCACAACUCAUGUUUUCUACCAGGGUUUGAAAUGUUCUGUCCGUGGUUUUAUAAAUUCACGUCCUACUUGUGUGACAGGUGCACUUUUGAUGUCUGCUAGAAAUCACGUCCAUCACAUGAUUUGAAUCUGAGUGUCAAACUACAGUUUGACUUUGAAACUGUAUCGCUAAAUAUUUCCCCCAAAUCAAUCAUACGUUAAUUGUGAUUUUUCUGAGAGAUACUGUGAUCAUAUUUUUGAUACGAUUAUUAUAUGAUGGAGGAUUCUAACUUGAGACGCCAUUAAAAGUGUGACUGUCGCCAAGAUGACAGCAUAACUCUAUAACACCACAGACACAGUUACAAACAGCUUACAAUCUGUAGCUUUUGCAGUUUGCUAAUCACAUCACUUCAAAUUUUGAUUAGUUCAGCCAACUUUGGCAUUUUUUAAACGUUACAUUUCCAAAGUUUUCCUCCAGAAAGUCACUGCUUCUGUCUCAGAGGUAGUCUGGCACACAACUCCCUGUAAAACCACAACUUCUCUUUUUUAUUUACACUUUGUUUUUGUAUAAAUAAAAUGAGACUCCUUAUGUUAAUUAGGGAGCUUUAGGGGUGCUGGUAGGUGGAAUGAACUCACUAAUUAGCACAGUAUUUCUGACUGUUGUGUGCCAGAUUACUACUUGACACGUGACCUGACCUGGAGGGAAACGGAAAAACCAGCUGUAUCGUGUUCAUUUGUGAGCGUUGGAGGUUCUGUGGGUGGACUUUUUUACCUUUGUAGUAAUGAUCGCUUUCACUGUUGAUUUAAUCUGUCAAUUAUGUUCUCGAUUGGCAGUUUGGUCUAAAAAAAUGUCCAAAAAUAUUGAAAAAUGGUGUUUCCCAAAGUCAACAAUGACAAAUGCCUUGCUAUAUCCAAAACCCAGAGAUAUUCAGUUUACUGCCCUAGAGCAGGAAAGAAACCAGAAAAUACACACAUAAAUUGAUUAUCAUAGCAGUUGACGACUAGUUGAAUAAUUAAUGGUUGCUAAGCUAAGUGACUCCUGGCACAUGCAGCUCUCGGCAAGGAAGCAAAUGAGCACAUUAUUCCUUUCAAAGUGGAAAUUGAACACUACUCAGAAGUUAAUUUGACCAUCUGCACACCUCAUAAGUCAGAUCUCCUGGUUGUUGAUCUGUGUCUCCUUCUGGUGGUGUUUUUGUGCACCUGAAGCAGGAACAGAGCAGUUUCUGGUUGUCCUGUCACAUUUCUCCUCUGUCAGUGUUCUGUGUAUCACUACUUAUCUUCAGCCUGCAGGUGUUUUGUGUAGCUCCCCACAGAAGGGUCCAGUCUUUUAGCUCAAACAUUGGUUCUGAUCCUAAUUCAAGGUGCUGUCUGUCGGCUGAAUCCACGCACGUGUGGCAUCCAGCUCUCGGUUUUGUGCAGAUUUGUGCAAAUUUACUUGAACUUUCUCGUACGGAUUCAGACCUAUGACCUCUAAUGUGCAAACCUCACACGUGUCACACUUAUGAGUCAAUAUUGUGAGUAUGGAUUGAGAUGAAUUGAAUCACUGCAAACCAAUGACUUCAUAACCUAACAGGGGCUACAGAUUACUGAUUUCAACAAAUCAGCAUUCACAUGGAUGGAGAGAAAAGAAACUCAAAAUGAUAAUUGUGUCAGUUUAGAGGAUGGAUUAGCAUAUACCUCAUUCCCAGUCCAGCAGUGCUGGAACUUAAAAUGCUAUUGUAUUGACAUUAACAGUUAUAAACAGCAUUAUGUACACUCAGUUUAAGAAAAAAAUCUCACUUAUGUUGUAGCUUUCACCUGAUCGAGCCAAUUGCUUAUAGUUUGCUCAUAACUGUGUGUUUUAAAAAAACAAAAAAAAGACGAGCUGUGAGAUAUAAAAUCUUGUAUGUUGUUUUUUUCUUUUCUUGGGACCAUUUUGUUUUUUCUUUUGAUCUUGUACAGAUUUAUGGUUUGGUUUGACUUAUUUAUUCCAUCAGUAGUGCUUGGUUUUUAUCAUGUCCAAUGGUUUUGUUUUCUUAAUAAAAGUCACAAAACAG